AUGUUAUUUAAACAAAGGAGUAGAAAUCAGAUGACUGAAGAAGAUUCAGAAUCAAUCGAUCGUCGCUCGAUUCAUAGUCAUGCAGCUAGUCAUCAUUCAGGUGGUAUUGGUGAGAGAGAAGAUCUUUCCCGUCAAUUAGAUGAAUUGGCAGUCAAUGCCAUGUACUAUUCAGAGGGUCAUUCACCUCAUGAUGGCAGUCAUCAUACUGCAGUUGCUACUAUUCCCCCAUAUCUGAGAGAUGCUGUUAUAUCAACUUACAAUGGCCCUUUCGGAUGUUUUAGAAGAUUGUUUGGUUCUCGACAACAACAACGUCAACAUGCAGAAAGACUGCCAUUGAUUCCAGUAUAUCAUGUUGGAACAUCUCCUGCUGAAACUUCUGCAGUUGGUUCAAACGUUGGAGAUUUCUUACGAAGAUGGAUCUUUGGAAGAAUAAGACGUCAAUAUCCUAAUACGUAUACUUUCACUUUGGCCAGUUUUCUUACUUUCUUAUUGGUGUUUGGUAUUCUUGGUCUUUAUUAUACUGGGAAUUUGGCAGUUUUGACUAUUAUAGCCAGAACUUUAAUCUGUCAAUUGAUGGAAACUUUCCAACCAGCAAGUUUACCAUCCUUCUGUCGUUGA